AUGUACCUGUACCUAUCUGGUACUAAUAUUUUCUGCACAACAGUUUACUGUGUCCAUUGGCUUAGAACACUGGCACUGUGUGAUCAAUGGGCAGAGGAGCAGCUGCUGGUGAGUAGGGAAAUGAUAUGGGUGGUUGAUUUUUUUAUUCACAAAUCACAACAAUGGGUCAGCUGA